CGACAGCGAGCCCAUCGAUUCGAUCUGCGGACACAUGCCAUGAGGACCAGGCAGAUCCUCCUUUCCCUUGCGCUGCUUCUGGCUGUCGCGGCAUCGCUGGUGUCGUGGCUCGUCCUCGCCAAGGACCGUCGUCGAUGCAUCCUGCCCUAUAUGUAUCCGUAUUUUCACCAGAUCGACUUUGGGCCGCCACAUCCCCGCUAUCGCCUCUUCUGGUACAUGGAGCUCCCCUAUGGCAUGCCACCAUCCAGUCCUGUGCCCGCCGGCCAUCCCGUACUAUUCAUUCCAGGACAUGCCGGAAGUUAUGAGCAAGCCCGCUCGUUGGGAUCAAGAGCACACUACCAGCACCAGCGGCUCAUGUUUGGCGGGCCAGAUACAAGCCAGAUUCCAUUUGAUGUGUUCACAGUCGAUACCCAGGAAGAGCUCACUGCCUUUGGAGAGGAUUUGGUUCUCCAACAAGCCGAAUAUGUCAACGAGGCUAUCGCACAUAUCCUCUCGCUCUAUCGAUCCCACGAUUCCGGUCAGCCGCAGCCAUCGUCGGUGAUGGUCGUAGCGCACUCUAUGGGCGGGAUCGUUGUCCGAGUAGCGAUGACGCUGCCCAGCCAUCGGCCUGGAUCUGUCGACACCAUCUUUACGCUCUCAACGCCUCACUUGGCCCCACCCGCCAGCUUUGCCCCCGGCAUGGCACAGCUAUACUCCCGAGUCAACAGGAUCUGGGGGCAAGGGGGAUUUCAGAAGCACGCCCCGGGCUUUGAAAAUGUAUCGCUGGUAUCGAUCGCAGGCGGCAAUCAGGACCACAUGAUCCGAUCCGAGCUUUCGGAAGUGGAAGCAUUCCUGCCGCAUCACCAUGGUUUCACCGUCUAUACGACAUCAAUCCCGGAAGUCUGGACGUCGAUUGAGCACGAGGCUAUCGUCUGGUGCAGCCAGCUCUUGCACAAACUCGUGCAGGCCAUGUUCAGCGCCAGGGACCCACAUCGGGCGCUGAGGACACGGGAUCUCUCAAGUCGCAUGCAAGUGCUCGAAGCCACCUUUUUGGGAGGACUCGGACGCAGAUCGGGUGCUCGCUCGGGGCAGCCCCAGCAUCAACCAAGCAGCAUCGUCGUUAGGGCUCCGCAAGAGGCCGCCGGCCCACUGUUUGUUGAAACGGGCCAGCCAGCGUCAAGGCCGUGGCUGGUUUUGGAUCUCGGCAACGUCACGGUAACGACCGUGCUGUUGACCAACCAUCCUGUGGAGGGCAUAUACUCGUGUGAGUCUGGCGAUCCGGCCACGCAAGAGUACCAGUGCCAUCCAAUCGAGCACAGAGCGGCAGUCGUUCCAUAUACGGCACCUCAAGCACCCUUCUCUCUCGUUUCCUGGGACCGCAGGAUGCGUGCUCAUAGCAAGCAGCAAUGGAUAGCCAUCGACCGAUUCCGGAACUACCAGUCCGAAUAUCCAGACAUGACGCCGAUGGGCUCCUGGGUGGCGAUGGUCGCGGUCGGUGAUAGCGGCGGAGCAGAUUUGCGAUUGUCGAGCCUCGCCUGGGCUACGUUCAACACCACCGAUAUGUAUGUCGCCACGACGGCGCCAUGGAUCCGCAACGGAUACAUCAAGUAUGCCCUGGAAUAUCGGCGGAGCACCCACGACGCCAAUGAUAGCAGCGACGUCGCCGUCACGGUCCACCUGUGGGCCAACGAUACCUCGGAUGAAAAGUACCACACCAUAGCCUGCAGCAGCCGCAGACAGAGUGUCCCUCUGGCGCUGGAGCGGCUUGGAGUCAACCCUGUUCAUCCGCGACCUUCCGGGCUGGGAUUGCAUUUUAUUGCCUCACCGACGGACAAGACCUGCGAGUUCCGAGUGACGAUCGACUACAUCGCUACAUUGGCCGAAGUCAUCAGGACGAACUGGCAAAGGAUACUCGAGUACGCGCUGCUGGUGGUUCUUGAUGCAUCGGGUCGGACAGCCAAAUCUCCAAAGCGGUCCGGCAUGCAGACAGCGGCAUUUUUGUUUGUGGUAUUGCUCCUCAAACCUGCGGCCCUGCACGACUACGUAUACGUUCCCGGGACAAGCCUCGGCGAAAUAUGGACCUCGCGAGUCGUAGAAAUGACAGAGACGGCGCCGUGGAACUCGCUGAACUGGCACAUCGCCUGGGUGUCCGUCGGAACAUACCGUGCUGGCAUUGGCGCCGCGUCUGUGAUCCAAGGCAUAGCAGCGGCACUGGUAGCUGCUGCCAGACGACUCGUUCCUCCGAGCCAACGACUCGAGAGAUCACUCAUCACGAGAGUCGCUGCCCUCGGGUUGGUGCUGCUCGUUGUUGCGACGCGGCUGCCGCUAUUUUUCGGCUUCCUGGUGGGACUUUUGUCUUUGAUUGCCAACCAAGCUUCGAGAAUGCACAAUCGGAGAACCGCACAGACCUCGACACUUGGCUUGUGUACACUGUCGACGCUCAUUUCUGUACCGGAGCUCAUCAUCUGGGCAAAGGCAGCGGAUCGAUCCGCGAAUCACAUCAAGCCCAUGAUCGUUGUGGCCGCGGCGACGUUCUUCUGGAUUGAAUGCAUAUUCCACGAUCGCAUCAAACUGAUCGGCUGGCGAGCAAGCAUGUACUCGGGCGCAAUCCAGGCGUUUCUGGCUGCAUGGGUCGUCUUGUCGUGGGGCGAUGCGUCCAUGCUGCCGGCUGCUAUUGGUGCCCUGGCGGCUCUGCGAAUAGGCCUGUCGGUGCUUGGGUAGAAGCAGGCGAAAACGCAAGAUGCAUCAGGCGAGCCACGGACCAAGCAAGGACAACAAGCUCGGCUGCCAAGGACGACUGCCGAGAAGGAAGCCCAGCAGGAAACCCAGCAGGAAACCCAGCAGGAAACCCAGCAGGAAACCGACCAUCCACGCGGGGUGGCUCGACGGGCGCGGCUCGUGGAUGCGAUGCCAUGUCGCAUGCACACGGCACGGCAUCCCUGAAGACCAGGGGCUCGACCCCGUGGUGCCGGCACACGCAGACGGCGCCGGUUCAGGCAAAAUUUCUGGCUGGGUGCAAAUGCACCCCGCGGAACACGAUGCUGCGUGCAGUCGAACAAGAA